UCAUCUCGCCCCACCCUCCUUUCCUCUACGCAUUGGCGAUUCGACAUUCUAGGCUUGCCUUAUUCCCUCGCGACCCUCGGGACAACUAUCUAAAGAAAAGACGGCAGAAUGUCCGGUUCGAUAUGGGUCAUGGCCCUAUCCAGAGAGCCGCUCUUCAUUAAGAUGAAGCUACUACUGCUGCUGCUACAUACGUCGAGUUUUCACACGUAGCGGUAUUUCCAAGAUACCUAUUACUACCACUGCUACAUACAAGUGUAUACCGUAUACUUUCAAUUCCAACUGACGAUCGAACCAUACCUUCGUUACACGAUACGAUACGAAUACUCGUUACUACUGAUCUCGAUCAUUCGUAGUCGACAUGUCGGACUAUAGGGAUCUAAGGAUAUCCGUCAUUGGCGCGGGUAUGGGCGGCCUUGCCUGCGCGCUCGCCUUCGCCAAGAAAGGAUUCAGGAAAGUCGAUGUAUACGAGACAGCUUCAAACUUGGGCUUUGUCGGCGCUGGUAUUCAAUUGGCGCCGAACAUGGCUCGCGUGUUGGACCGUUGGGGUUGCUGGGACGAAAUCCUAGCUGAGGCGACCAACAUCAAGUCAUCUAGUAUCCGCGAAGGUUCGACAAACCGCGAACUCGUCCACGUCGAGAUGCCCGACAUCGAAGAGAAGUACGGUUACCCCCAUUGCACAGGUCACCGCGCCUCGCUGGCUGGUGGCUUGUAUGAGGGAUGCAAAAAAGAGCCCGCUAUUACCUUCCAUUUCUCGACUUCGUUAGAGAACGUAUCCUAUUUCGGCCCAGACAAGACAGUCUUCACAGCCAAGCCGCGUAAUGCCGAACCAUACGAAGUAGAAACCGACGUCCUCCUCGGUGCCGACGGCAUCAAAUCCGCCGUACGGACCUCCCUCCUCCGCGCCCUAAACAUCACGGCCGACGUCGAAGACACAGGCCAGGCAGCAUACCGAAUCAUGCUGUCGCGAGAGCAAAUGGAGCACGACCCCGAGCUUCUCGAGCUCCUAGACGCGGAUUGCGCGCUUCGAUGGAUCGGCGAGAAGCGACACAUCGUAGCGUACCCGAUUAGCAACAAGACUAUCUACAACCUCUCAACAUGCCAACCCGACGUCAAUUUCGCCGCCGCGACUAAUGCGACAUACACAACGAAGGGAAGUAAGCCGGCUAUGCUAAAGGUGUAUGCCGACUUCCACCCCAUCGUCGAGAAGAUGUUGAACAUGGUGCCCGAGGGUGAGGUCUGUGAGUGGCGUCUACGUUCGCACGCCCCACUCGCCAGCUGGGUGCUCGGCGGUGUCGCACUCGUUGGUGAUGCUUGCCACCCCACCCUACCGCAUCUCAGUCAAGGUGCCGCGAUGGCCAUUGAAGAUGCGGCUGUGCUAGCGGAAGUCGUAAGCAGCGCCCCGGGCGGUGGCGCCGACCGUGAGGCUUUGUCGAAAGCGUUGAAGGUGUACGAGCUCCUACGUAAAGAGCGUACCUCCAUCUUAGUAGAGCUAGCGGCGUCGUCGGCGCGCACACUACAUCUUGGCGAGGGUAAGGCGAAAGAGGAGCGUGACAGGCAAUUCGCGAAUGCGAAGAAGAGAGGUACCCCGAUCCCGGAUAAAUGGGCUAGUCCGGAGGUUCAACAUAUGAUCUACUCGUAUGAUUGCGUGAAAGAAGCUCAAGAGCUAUUUGAAGAGCUAUACGGAACACUGGCAGAGGGGUAUCUCGGCUCCGCGCCAGUAUCAAAUGGAAACGGGAUCGCGACAAACGGCCAUGCGAAUGGCGUCGCGGCGUAGAAAUUAGAAGUUGCAUAUCAGAGUAGUCAUUGCAUUUGUACGAGAGCAUAAAUGAGAAUUGUAGAAGUAGGAAGAAAUAUCAAUGGAAUUGAUUCAUCAACAUCGCGGGCUGCCUGUGAAUAAAAGCAGCAGCAGAAUGCCAUAUAAAAUACAACAAAGGAACCUAUUGAUCCCGUAA